AUGUCGCUCCAGCAGGAGCGCCCGCCAGCCUACUCCCACGACCCCGAAUCGCUUCAGCUGCCCUCGGUGCCGCAGCUGGCGCCUCCACGAGGCAAUGCGACACAGUCUAUACACCUACCGGACCUCAGAUCGUUAGGACUACCUGAGUCCACCGCCCAUGCACCCAACCACAGCUACAAUGGCCCGACGCUACACUCGACCGUCGACUGGCGCAACUCACCUGCCUUACACCACAAUGACUUUCCGCGCGUGCCGUCAGCAGUACCACGGUCAUCAACGGAGAUGGACAUCAGCAGUCCGAGAGAGAGCAUAAUGAGCAUGGACGAGCUGGGCAACAGGGCGCCGAGCGUGGUGUCGAUAGAAGACCCGGAUGUGCGCAUUGCUGCGGAAGCACUCUCAGGACUUGGGAAUCCAGAAUUCGUCCGCUCUCCUUCCAACCGCAGCGUAACCCUGCCCUCGCAAUCGUCGCCCACCAGCCACACCCGCCACGCAUCAAUGUCCCACAUCCAAGAGCCCGAGCCCCUCCUCCAGCUCCUCACAACCUCCCACCCCUGGCUCGGCGGCACAAUCAACGGCUCCCUCUCCGCCUACGAAACAACCAAAUCCUACACCCCGCGCUUCGUCCAAGCCAGCGCGACCUACCUGGAGCGGAACAUCGGCUCCCCCGUUGCCAACACCGUCGGGGCCGUCGGGCGACGCACAGGUGUCGAAGGGGGACUACGGCGGUAUCUCGGAGACGUGGGCCGCCGGCCCAGUGACUUGGAACGCGGUGACGCGGAUGAAGACCGACACAAACGACGGCGCGUCGCACGGUCUCCGGACGCGCAGGAUGAUAUGGCCAUGGACAUCGAGCGCGGUCCCCUGAUUCCGCUGUCGCGCCCACGCACCUCCUCGCGCGACUCAACCACCGAGUCGCUCCCCGCAUACGACGACAACCGGUCUCCGCAGUACGAGGAGCGCAGCCCACGGCCUGAGGAAGAGGAUUCGCAGGAGCAAGAACACGCCCAGACCCGCCGUCCUGCCCACUGGUCCACGCAGCUCAUGAUGACGACGUCAGGCCUCGGCGUCGCGAUGAGCGAUACCAGUCUCAAGAGCCUGAAAUACUGCCUCGGGAUCCUGCGGCGCGCGACGAACCAUCUGGGGAGCGUGAUGAGGGCGCUGGGGCUCGUGCUUGAGGACUACGAGCGCGCGUGUGCGGCUUCUUCAAACGGGCAGCAAAGGCAGCAGCAGCCCACUACAGCCGACGGCGCUGAGGCAGAACCCCGACCCGCCCCCGAAGACGAAGCAGCCCGCCUCGCAGCCCGCAUCCAAGCCCUCAGCACCGACAUCCUGAACACGCUCAAAACAGUCGUGAAUACCGUGUCCCGCUACACCGGCGGCGCGCUCCCAACCAACGCAGCAAACUUCGUGCGGUCCCAGCUGCUGUCCGUGCCAGAGCGCUGGCGCCUCGCAAGCCAGCAUAGCCGGGAGAGCGCCGCGGCGGGCUCGAGCGAGACGGUGAGGAGAACGAACCGCAUGCUCGCGUUUGCGAAGGAGGGGCUGGAUAUGAUGGCGCAGGUUAGUCUUACGGUUGAGGGCACAAUUGGGAGCGCGGAGGCGUGGUUGGAGAGGAUUGGGGCGAGCGGUGGGGCUGGUGGGCCCGAUCAAGGGGCCGAAAAGGGAGGUGAGAGGACGGCGGCAGAGGAGCAGGGAGAUGGACGGGGGAGGGAGGUCGUGAUGGUUGAUGUUAAGGCUGAGAAGGUGGGGCUGUGA